AUGGUCGAAACCAAGUUCUACAGACCAUUCCAGUUUAACCAGUAUAAAGCUGGGCACAGUCAACACCAUGACCAAGGGAAACCCACCAGCAGACACAAGAACCACUGUGCUUAUGUCACUGAAAAGACAGUUUCCUUCACCGUGCAGGAUGGGGCAGCCCCCUAUGUAAAGGCUGAGUACAACAAGUGUUCCUGGGGUCAAAAAUGUCCAACUCUGAUGUAUCGCCUGAUGUACAAACCAUUGUACAAGGUGGCACAUAAAACCGUCACGGAGCUGGAGUGGCGUUGUUGCCCAGGGUACUCUGGUUAUGGCUGUAUGGAGGGUCCUCCAGUAUACCAACACCCCAUGAAAAUGACGCCACCAUUCAAGGGUCCACCAAUGAAAGGCCCACAGUUUAAGGGGCCACAGUUCAAGAGCCCACAGUACAAAGGUCCCAUGUUCAAGGCUCCCAUGUUUAAGGGCCCACCUAUUAACAGUGCUGUGAAAGUCAACCCAUGGAGUCAACCCAAAGGGCCGCCCACUAGCAGUUUUAACUCUUACCCAAUGCGUCACUUUGGGCCUCCGAGUUCCUCCUCCUACCCAGACUCCUCCUUCGAGCCCUAUCCGCCUGAACCAGAGCCAAUGCCAGAGCCAAUGCCAGACCACCAGGAGCCACAUCACACAGAGCAUGACCAAGAACAUGAGCAUGAACAUGAGCAUAGCCAAGGACCUGAGGAACAUGUACCAGAGGAAAUCCCUCCUCCUUCCUCUGGUGGUGAACAGCAUGAGGGUGAGACCACAGGCCAGGCUCUAAACAGUGAAACGGAGGAGCGAAUAUAUCGAAUGGAGGAGGAUGUGCGACGUCUAAACCAGGGUCUGGAGACCCUGAGGGGAACUGUGAAUGGACUGGAGGAUAGUCUACGAGCCUCUCUGAGAGAGGAUGCCAACAGGAUGCUGUCAGCUCUGCUCUCUGCUGCCCCUGGUCCUGUUCCUGCUCCAGCUGUAGCCUCUAGUCCAUCCAGUGUAGGGUUUGGAGAGAUUCCUGGGGGACAUCCUGAGACAGAGGGUCUAGAUGGCACACACGUGUUUCCAGGUCUUACAGAACUGAAUGGAAGGGUAGAGGAGCUCAGGACAGAACUGCAAGCCAAGACAGUAGAGCUGCAGGAACUCAAAGCAACAGUGAUGGGACAUGAUGGAGAACUGAAGAAGAUGUCAAAUAGAGCUGGAGUGGAAUCAGACUCCACUGACAAUCUUGGGGGAAAUGCCCAGAGAGCUACAGAGAAGCUGAUGGAUGCCAAGCUGAAUGCAGCCAGGACAGAAAUUCUUGGUGGGCUUGAGAAGCGUGUUGAGACUGCAGAAGGCCGAUGCGAGGAGAAAGCUGGAGAUGUGCAUCGUCAGUGCCAGAGGGAGCAAGGUGAGAGGCAAGAGCAGAUGGAAGAUGCUCUGGUUGAAAGUACCACAGACUUGAGAACAGAGCUGAGAAACCUCCAGGCACAGAUCCAUGGUUUAAAGGCUACAGAAAACUGCUGUGGCAGGGUGAGUGGACUGGUUGAAAGGGUGCAGCUGCUGGAAACAUCAGUGGCAGGCCUCAACCAGUCCCAGGGGCACCUGAGAGUGGAGCUGGGUGGACACAAGGACCACAUCGAGGGAAUGCUGGAGGGACGUCUAGGGUAUGUUGAGGCCAAGCUCAACCUGACAGGGCAGAUUAAAAGUGAUGACUUCGGAAAGAAGAGGGGUGUCACAGACGGAGCUGAGACAGGACAGGACCUGGAGGCCAGAAUGGAAGGUAAGCUGAGGGUUCUGGAGGGCCGUUUACUGAUGGCUUUGGAAGAGCUGGGCAAUGCCACUGCCCCAGCACUGUUGGAGGGUCAUGCUGUUCCUACUCUGGAGACAGAACUGGAGUCCCUCCGGGGAAGACUAGAGGUGGAUGUGGACAGAGUGAAGAAACACCUGAGCAGCCUUGAGAUUCUCUGCUCUUCUUCCUGUUCCUCAACUCAAAACCCAUCUGCCAUCCAGGGAGACUCUGCUGCACCAAAUACUAACCUGGCAGAGGAGCAGAAUGUGAAGGAGGUAUUGGACAUACAAGAUGACCGUUUGAAUACCCUGAAUGUUACACUGCAGAAUAUCCUGAGGCGUCUGACCCUCAGGGACCAGCAGGAACAAGCAGAAGGAGAUACUCCCAUCCAGGGAGAGCUCACAAUCCUCAAGUUUAAUGUCCGCUCAGUCAACCGCACCCUGAGAGGCCUCCAGGAUUCCCUUGGAACAAUCGUCCACCAGGUGGAUAAAGCCAACAGCUCCUGGCAUGAGAGAGAGGUUCGUCUAGCCAAGCAGAUAAAGGGUGUGGUCCAGCUAGUUGGACAUCAGGCUUCCAUGCUUGGGGCAGGUGAGCGCAGACUCACCCGACUUAAAAGUGAGCUGCAUGAGAUGAAGAGGCGGCUAGCAGAGGAGGUCCGGGGCUGCCGGAGUACUGCCAUGGGGGUCCAGAAAGAGGUAACUGAGGUUGGUGGACGUGUUGCCAGUGUGGAGGAUCAGUGCAAGGGCCUGAAUUACUUGGCAGAGGAUCUGGAGAGAAUCAGGGAGGAGCUAGAGAGACAAUCAAAUGGGCUUCUCCUGCAAGUAAAUGGGACUCUCUCCAGCCAUGCUCAGCAGUUGUUUGAGCUGAGAGGCGAACUCAGAAACUGCACCUCCAAGGUGGACCCAACACAACAAAGUUUAGAGCCGGAGGCAGAGCCAAAACGAGGGGACACCUUCAUUUUGAAUUAG